AGUCCCGUGAGGCGGCGCGGCGUGGGGCCGGCCCGGCUCCCUGCGUGGCGGGCGAGGCUGCGUCGCGGCGAGGCCAGGCGCGGGCGAUGCCGGCAGAGGGAGAGGAGGGCCCGGCGGCGGCCGGCGGGGAGGGCGCGGGGUCCGCCGGCGGCUCGGCGGGGGAGCAGGCCGGCCCCGGCGCCCCCAAGCUGUGCGGGUACCUGCAGAAGCUGUCGGGCAAGGGCCCCCUGCGCGGCUUCCGCAGCCGCUGGUUCGUCUUUGACCCCCGCCGCUGCUACCUCUACUACUUCAAGGGGCCGCAGGAGGCGCUGCCCCUCGGGCACCUCGACAUCGCCUCCGCCUGCUUCAGCUACCACCAGCCCGAGGCCGCCGCCGCUGCCGCCGCCCCGGGGGACGAGGCCGCCGCCUUCGAGGUUCAUGGCCCCAACGGCGCCGUCGCCGUGCUCAAGGCUGCAACUCGUCAGGAUAUGACAUACUGGCUUCAAGAACUUCAACAGAAGAGGUGGGAGUAUUGUAACAACCUUGACGCAGCAAAAAGGGACAGCAGAACUUCCCCUACACCAAGUGAUUUUUCCAAAGGUCUUGUUGCCAAAGACAACCCUGAUUUGAGUGUCCUAAGUCAAAAUGCUUCAGCAGAGAGAGCUAGAAAUAUUCUAGCUGUGGAGACUUCUCCUACAGACCUGGUGGGAGAACAAGCAGCUUCCCAACCUGCACCAGUCCAACCGAGUGCCCUCAAUUUCUCGCUUAAACAAUGGAGUACCGAAAUCAAAAAUUCAAUGUCCUCUUUAAGAAAAGGAAAUAACGAAAACCGCAAGAGCAUAUUUUAUACCACUGAAGAGUGGGAAUUGCUGGAUCCAACCCCAAAAGACUUGGAGGACUCGAUGGCCCUGGAAGAAAAGAGGAAACACCUGGCAGAAGGAAGUAAAGGACUGACUAGUUCAGCUUUUCCAUUCGAUUUUGGCCGCAUUCCACACAAAACAAGGCGCCCGUUAAAAGACAUGAUUGGAUCAAGCAAAAACCGGAACAGCAGUGACUCUUCUCCAACUGAGUGGUAUUCUGGUAAUGGCAACAAACUCGUCUCUGAACUGCAACUGAAGUAUCAAAGCCAGCAGGAAGAGUUGGAAAAGCUAAAGAAAGAUCUUUUGAGCCAAAAGGAACUUGUGCGACUUCUGCAGCAAACGGUCCGAUCUUCCCAAUAUGAUAAAUAUUUUGCAAGCCGCCUUUGUGAAGGGGUUCCCAAAGACAAAUUAGAGCUGUUGCACCAAAAAGAUGACCAGAUUUUGGGUCUCAACAACCAGCUUGAAAAGUUAAAUCUGGAAAAAGACAGUCUGCAGCAGGAAGUAAAGAAUCUGAAAUGUAAAGUUGGAGAACUCAAUGAGCGGCUGGGUAUGCUGAUGGAAACUAUUCAAGCUAAAGAUGAAGUGAUCAUGAAACUGUCUCGCCAACUCAGCGAAUGUGAGGACAAUACAUCCUCUCAAAGCGGAGCAGUAAAUUCUUCCAUGGCCACCUGUACUAAUAAGGAACUACAGGAACUGGACAGACUAAAAGACAAUCUUCAGGGUUAUAAGACCCAGAAUAAAUUUUUAAAUAAGGAGAUUUUGGAACUUUCUGCUCUACGAAGAAAUGCAGAAGCAAGAGAGAGAGAAUGGCAGGCAAAGUAUACUAGCUUGGAAGCCAAACUCUGUCAGAUAGAAAGUAAAUAUUUGAUCUUGCUUCAAGAAAUGAAAACUCCUGUUUGUUCUGAGGAGCAGAGUCCUGCUCGUGAGGUCAUCACACAGUUACUGGAAGAUGCCUUGAAAGCAGAAACGAAUGAACAACCAGAACAAGCAUUUUUCAAACCACACCUGGUCAGUGAAUAUGAUAUAUAUGGCUUUCAGACAGUCCCAGAGGAUGACGAUGAGGAGAAACUAGUAGCAAAAUCACGAGCUUUGGACCUGAGAUCGCUUUCCCUCAGUGAAAAUCGAGAGAUCUCCACAGGAGUGAAAUGGGAAAAUUAUCUCGCAAGCACAAUGAAUAGAGAGAUGAUGCGUAGUGUAGAACUGAAGAAUCUUAUUCGAUCUGGAAUUCCACAUGAACAUCGUUCCAAGAUGUGGAAAUGGUGUGUCAAUGUCCAUGUUAAAAAAUUAAAGGAAAGCACUGUUCCUGGGUACUUCCAAACCUUGCUUCAGAAUGCUCUGGAAAAACAAAAUCCUGCAUCUAAACAAAUUGAGUUGGACCUCUUGAGAACUUUGCCAAACAACAAACAUUAUUCCUCCCCAACAUCUGAAGGGAUCCAGAAGCUACGAAAUGUGCUGCUGGCAUUUUCGUGGAGAAAUCCUGAUAUAGGAUAUUGCCAAGGUCUCAACAGAUUGGCAGCGAUUGCGCUUCUGUACUUGGAACAGGAAGAUGCUUUUUGGUGUCUAGUAACAAUAGUGGAAGUUUUCAUGCCUCAUGAUUAUUACACUAAGACACUGCUAGGAUCUCAGGUUGACCAGCGAGUAUUCAAGGAUUUAAUGAGUGAGAAGCUUCCACGACUCCAUGCUCAUUUUGAACAAUACAAAGUUGACUAUACUCUCAUAACUUUCAACUGGUUUCUUGUGGUGUUUGUGGACAGUGUCGUUAGUGACAUCCUUUUUAAAAUCUGGGACUCCUUCCUAUAUGAGGGACCAAAGGUAAUAUUCCGAUUUGCCUUGGCACUUUUUAAAUAUAAGGAGGAGGAAAUCUUAAAACGGCAAGAUUCAAUGUCCAUUUUCAAGUAUCUUCGCUAUUUCACGCGCACUAUACUUGAUGCCAGGAAACUGAUUGGUAUUGCUUUUGGAGACCUGAAUCCUUUCCCGUUACGUCAGAUCAGGAACCGGAGGACCUAUCACCUGGAGAAAGUACAUCUUGAACUAACUGAACUAGAAGCCAUUCGUGAGGAUUUCCUGCGUGAGCGAGAGACAUGUGUAGAAAAAAGAGACCUUAUUAGUGAUGAUGAGGAGGAUAGUUGAAACUACUCAACAUAAACUUUUCUUUGGGAUCAUGACCAAAGUGAGUUAACCUCCAAAACACUUUAUUAAUCCUGUCAAACAGAAUGUAAAUUGGUUGCUUUUGGAAAUAUGCAGGACAGAUUUCCAAACCCCAGCACUUUCAAAAAUACUGCUUUGUAUGGAGGCCAAACAUUUCUGUUUACAUUUAUGUUCAUGGAAUUGUAUGUAGGGCACUUAAUAUCUGUCUCAGUUUAGUCAAUCAGCUGAAUUGCCAGUUGUUUUCCCACAGUGCACUGUUAGUGCCUUUAUGUGAAACAGUAGUAAGGGAAGUCCACACUCUGUUUACUACAUUCAUCGCCAUUCUACAUUUUUUGAUGUAAUUGUGGGUUUUUUUUGUAGUGCAGGUUCAGUGUGGGAGGACAUAGUUUUUUUGGUUUCAGGUUUGUUUGACAAAUGGCUUUCAUCAUGUUGUCCUUGAAUAAACUAGCCAUUCUUGAGGUCAUAAACUAGAAAAGUAUGGAAUGAAGCACAGGAAGAACUUUUACAUUCCUUUGUCUUGUCCUGAAGUGACGUGAAGUGGAUCAUCAAAGAGAACACUUGAACUUAUGUACCUAAAGUAAAGGUAAAAUAAGUACCUAUUUGUCCCUGAAUGUUCAGUGUGUACUGAAACAGUGAGAUCAAACAUCAUUUAUGCUUUUCUGGGCAGCUGUAUCGAUAAAGUUUCUUAUUAAUGCAAAGGAGUUUAUAGAUCGAGUUCUGUUUAGUCAAUUUUAUUUCUGUUGACUUUUUUGAUUGCAGUGUCUUAAGAAAGCCACAACCAAAACCCAGCUGUUGUGACAAGCUCCAUUCUUCUUCCAUAAGAGUACCAUGUUUCAGUAGCUGACUGGUUGUGUAUCUGUUAAAGAUUUAGUGCUUGUUUUUGUUUGGGGUUUUUUUUGUGUUUUGUUUUAUUUCAAAGCUUCUUCCUAUUUAGGACUUAAAAUAAGAUAGUCUUGAUCUUUAAGAAGAAACAUAGCAUUCUUUUUGCAUGAAUGUGUAACUAUUGUACGAUAGCAGUAGCAAUAGGAUUCCUAAAACAAAUAUUUAUUAAUCAGAGGAGCCUAAAGGUCACAGCAUGCACACAGAAAUUCAGGAUCCUUUUGCAGCAGUAAAAUGCAAUAUUCUCUUAAUGCGCUCAGCUUUGCUGUGAGCAUUGCAUGCACAUCCUACGAGACAGCUGUAAGGAAGCGCUGGGUGUUCAGCUGUAGCGUUCCUGGCUAGGGAGGUGUGACUGGAGGCCACUCGCUGUCAUUUGAUGACUAGCAAGACUCUAAACGGUUAUAAGGACGAGGAAGGUUUCUCUCUUGUUGGUUAUUAUCUGGACUGUUGCAGUGUUCUUUCCUGAACUGUUAAAUCUUCAGGUUGUUGGGUUGACUUAAAUGUUGUGUCUGGAUGCGUCAUGCUAAAACUAGCGUUCAAAUAAGGCAGCAAAUGGCUCAGCUCUGGGGAAGUGGUUAAUUGUUAAAAACCAAAACUGGUGGUCGGGAGCAGUCAAGUGCAUCAGGCUUCUACUUUGUGUGUUUUCUUAUGGUUUUCUGAGAACAAGUUGAACUACUUUAUCAGAUAUACUCAUGUAAUUGUUUUCUAAAACAAGUGUGUACAGGGAGAAGUCCUGCUUCUGUUUCGCAGCACUUUUUCUUUUUUUUUUUUUUUUUCCCCAGAGAACGUAUUUGUAGCCUUCUCUAAAUAAGCAUAUUAUCAGUCAGUUUAUCUGGAAGGGAAGCAUUUAAUCAGUGGUGAACAUUGUAACUUACAGGACUACUUCUGAUAUAAAAUGUAUGCUUCUUAUAUGACACAUAAUUUUUAUUUAGUCAACAAAUACUUGCCAAUGAGGGACACAUGGUAUGAUCAUCCUGAUUUGUAUCUUGUCUUCUAAAAUGUCCCCUACCUUGUCUAUUGUCAGUAGUUUGGGGGUUUUUAUUCCCUAGUUACUCUUGAUUGUGUACUUGAGUUUAUUAGGCAGGUUUUUUCAUAUUAUUGCAUGUACUGUAUUCUUUUCUUACUUAGAAUCAGUGUUUGAAUAUAAAAAUAGGACCAGGUUUUCUAGUUACACUGUCUUGGUUUUGAAAGAGCUGGUCUCUAAAUCAGUCUGUAAUGUCUACUUUUUUUUGUUUUAAUCUUGUUUUCAAGUCUUAAAAGAAAUCUUUCCAAGCUGAAGAUCUUCCUUCCAGUGGCAACAGUAGAGAUGUUAAGAAUUUAGAAGUAUGUACCCACCCUAUUCCUACAGGUCUAUUAUUCCUGGGUUUCAAGUCUUUGCUAUGAACUAGCCCUGUGACUUCAGGAGAUGUUUCUAGACCUGAAGUCUUCAGGUUGCGAGUUUAAAACUAACUUUAGGGCAACUGUUCAGGAAGUUCUCUAGCUGACAAAACAUGACCUGCAGUGUUACAGGACCAUUUGUUUUUUUACAGUUGUGCUGAUGGUUAAAUUUGUGUGUGUGUUGCUGUGUUUCAUUAUAUAAGUUGUAACCCAAUUGUACAGUAAAACUAAGUAGCUCAGUUUCCUAAGCCACUCUGUGAAUCUUAAUACAUGAAUGUUGGGAAGCUUAUGGAAAUCACAUUGGCUCUGGGUAUUUUGUUAGCUUGCAAAUGUGAAGUGAGUUGAUGCUGUACACUCAAGUUGCCAGUGAGCUGCUGGCUUCAUUUUGUUAAGCAUCAUUACUGAUGCCUUAGUUAAAAGAUGAAAAAAUUGCAAAGGCAUCUAACCUCUGGCCGCUAGAAGUCUGCACAGAACAAAAAUGAGACGCACGUAGCGGGAAGCAAUGUCAAGGGGAACUUGCCUUGCUGUUGCAAAUGUUUUUGGGUGGUUAUUAGUCUUCUAGUGGUGCUUAUUCUGGUAACUUUGAGGAGUAGUAACUAGUUAGGGACAUGCAAGAUACACAGGCAGUAUUUAAACCCAAUGAAAUGAGCAAAACCACAGUGUGACUCAGUGGCCUGGGAAAGCUGAACUGCAUGGAUACCAAGUGUUUGUAUUCAGGGGUAAACUUCUGAACAGUGCAUGAGGGUUUCACAUUCAUGCCAGCCACUUAGCAGAGCUGCUAAUGCAAAUACAGACUGCUAAGGCUAUGUUCUGCCUUCGAGGUCAUGCAUGUAUGUGCAAAGAGUUCCUUACACAUGGUUCUCAGUAUAUGUGAUGUAAACCAAACCACUAAGUUGCAUCUUGCAGAAUAUUCCUUCAUCUUUAUACAUGUAUGCAUGGCUUUCCAGUGAAACUUCUGUUUACUUGUUUAAAACUUUCUUUUAAAUAGGCAAAAAUUGGUGCACUACAUCUCUAGCUAUGAAAACUGCACAGUAUUUCAGCUUUACCUGUACAUGUGUACAGGUGGUGUUAUCCAGUGUUAUCAGUUUGUUCAGUGUCUUUUUUUUUAAAAAAAAAUCAGCUAUGUAAUCAAUGAAAAGGAUUUUUUGUUGCUCUUUAGGUGUGUUCUGUGAGAGAUUCUCCCUUUCCCCUCAGUCUUUGUAAACAUGGUAAGAUAUUUCAGCAGAAAGGGAAAGAUUUUUUUUUUUCUUCCUUAAGACAUCAGGAAUGAGUGAAUGGUCUUACAUUUGACAGAGUUGUAUAUUCAGUCAUGCUUAACUGAGAAAUGGAAAAUUAAUCCAUCUCAUGAAAUUGUGUAGCUGUUUAAGUGAAUGUUCCCUUAAGUGCCAUGUUAGAAAUCAGCAAUAUGCGGUACAAGAAAAUUGAAUCACAAAACAUAAGUGAUGUUAUUUUCAUAAAGAUUGAUGUAAAUAAAAAAUUUAUUACUUUAAA